CGUCAGUUCGGUUGGAGAACUGGCUGACGUUAGUUGUGGCCGUUUCGCUAACUUCUCUGCGCCUUGUGUCCUCGGUGUAUGUUGGUUUCGGCUACUUAUUCUAAUUCUCGGCUGCUGUUCUCCAAAAUUCUACCCAGAUGCUGGCCUUCUACAAAUAUCUCUUGUGAAAAAUAGUGUGUGCUCGUCACUAAUACGCGGUCGAUUGUGUGUUCAGUGUUGAUCGAUUGUAACUUUGCCGUGUGGUUCCCCCUGAAUUGCCGGUUUUACACCAGGGAGAUACCACGGCGUAUCUUCGCAAAAUCCUGAAACUAUAAAUUUUGUGUGUGAGGUUUUUUAUAAACGUGUCCACUGUGGAUUACCUAUACAAGACGUCUCAUUCCACCUUGGAUACAUGCAUUAGGAUGGCGUUAGCCAGACUACUUCGUCCCAAGAGACCGAAGAAAAAAGUCGUACAACGAAGACUUCCGGCGGUGAGCGAGUGCUCGCAGACAGUGGGCCGGGUGUCCAGUAUGGCCGUGUCGCGGGUGCCCUCCCCCGCACCCCCUCCCAGCGAGGUCAACACACCCGUGGCCGAGAACUGGUGCUACACACAGGUGAAAGUUGUCAAGUUCAGUUAUAUGUGGACAAUAAACAACUUCAGCUUUUGCCGAGAAGAAAUGGGUGAAGUCCUCAAGUCCUCCACAUUCUCCGCUGGAGCCAACGACAAAUUAAAAUGGUGCUUACGUGUUAAUCCAAAAGGCUUAGACGAAGAAAGCAAAGAUUACCUUUCACUCUACCUACUCCUUGUAUCUUGUAACAAAUCUGAAGUCAGAGCAAAGUUUAAAUUCUCCAUUCUGAAUGCAAAAAGAGAAGAAACCAAAGCUAUGGAAAGCCAAAGAGCCUACAGGUUUGUUCAAGGAAAGGAUUGGGGAUUCAAAAAGUUCAUUAGAAGAGAUUUCCUACUUGAUGAAGCCAACGGAUUAUUACCAGACGAUAAGCUUACCAUCUUUUGCGAGGUAAGCGUGGUGGCAGACAGUGUGAACAUUUCGGGGCAAUCGAAUGCCGUGCAGUUCAAAGUGCCCGAAUGUCGACUACCCGACGACCUGGGUCAGCUGUUCGAAGUGCAGAAGUUCAGUGACGUCACGCUCAGUGUCAGCGGCCGAGAGUUCCAGGCACACAAAGCCAUACUAGCCGCGCGCUCGCCAGUGUUCGCGGCGAUGUUCGAGCACGAGAUGGAGGAGCGCAAACAGAACCGAGUGGCGAUCAGCGAUGUGGAGUGCGAGGUGCUGCGAGAGAUGCUGCGGUUCAUCUACACGGGCCGCGCGGCCAACCUCGACAAAAUGGCCGACGACCUGCUGGCGGCAGCCGACAAGUACGCCCUUGACCGGCUCAAGGUCAUGUGCGAGGAGGCACUGUGCACGUCGCUGGCUAUCGACAAUGCCGCCGACAUACUCAUACUCGCCGACCUGCACAGCGCUGAUCAGCUCAAGGCGCAGGCUAUCGACUUUAUCAACACGCACGCGACCGAAGUGAUGGACACGCAGGGCUGGAAGUCGAUGAUCACGUCGCAUCCGCACCUAAUAGCAGAGGCGUUUCGCGCGCUAGCCACCCAACAGAUACCACCCAUCGGACCGCCCCGCAAGCGCGUCAAACAGAGCUGAAAGCAGUCCUAAAGCCGCAGCCGCAGUCCUAAAGCCGCAGCCGCAGUGCGCGUUUCCAAAACUGUCCGCAAGGGCGCGUGACCCGACCGUCACCGCGUCUCUCUCACUCUCUCUCUCUCCUCAAUCGUACCAAAAUCAAUCAAAAAGAGCGAGUGCGCGAGACAGUA